AUGGAUUCUGGUUACUCUUGGGUGAUUCUUGCAGGAGCUUUUAUGAAUUAUAUGAUACUGACAGGUGUUUUAAAAUCAUUUGGUAUCCUUUACUCAGAACUACUAGACCAAUAUGAUAUAACAUCGGGACAAGGUGCAUUAUCAGGAUUUCUAAGUACUACAUUUUCGUUUCGAGGUGUUACAUUCGUUGGAGGAUUACUGAUCGGAAGUGGAUUAUGCUUCAGUGGUUUGACCAGUAGACCUGAAAUGUUAUUUCUGACCUAUAGUUUACUGACAGGUACUGGGUUAGGUUUAUGUAUGCCAUCAUCACUUUCAAUCGUCAACUUUUACUUCAACAAGAAAAGAGCUUUAGCUAGCGGAAUUGUUACAUCAGCCGGAGGCGUAUCAGCUUUGAUAUUCCCCGCUUUGUAUAGAGUUUUGUUUGAUUCAUACGGAAUAAAUGGUGGACUUGUUCUAUUAGGUGGUAUUUAUUUUAAUGUGUGUGUAGGUAGUUCGUUGUUAAGACAGCCACCACAAUUAAGGAAAAUAACACAAUUUGAUAAUGAACACAGAAAGUCUUUUCUUAAUUCAUGUUUGACUGAGACAAGUAAAUACUUGGGCAUUUUAAGAAAAACUUUUAAAAAGAUCUUACAAAACCCCUGUUAUAGACUUUACACUGCGGCCUUUUCCUUUGCACUUGUGGGUUACACUGCAAACUUCACAGUCAUUCCACCACACUUGCGUAGUCGAGGUAUUUCUGACAACGAUAUUGUGACGACACUAAUGGCAAGCGGCAUAGGAGAAUUGAUUUCUCGGAUUGGAGUUGGAUAUAUAGUCAACAAAAAAUAUGUAAAGGCAGAAACAAUCUUUAUUGCUAAUAUGGGAAUAAGUGGAAUAUUAAGUAUCGUGUUUCCUUUUUUUGACGCAGUUAGUGUGAAUUAUACAUACAGUCUAUUAGCUGGUUUACUUCCGGGAGCUAUUAAUUUAUUGAUGAUGUUGAUGUUGUCUCCAGUAAUAGGAGUUGAACAGUUGCCGUCCGCUUUAUCGUUGUCAUAUUUAUUCAUUCAUACCUUUUAUUUGAUUGGAAUGCCAUUUAUAGGUUAUAUGGACGAUUUGACUGGAAACUGGAAUGCGUCAUUCUACUGCAUUGGUUUAAUGCUUAUUUUGUCAGCCAUUUUAGUAUUGAUUGGAACUCUUACAUGUAAUCGCGAACACAAGUCACAGGAUUUUAAGAAUGGAGUGACAUUAGAAUGCAUACAAAGCCCAGAAAGCAAGCCUAUGUUAGCCAUAUCGAAAGUUAGCAGUAUAUGA